AGCUUCAGUCGUCUAUUAAGGCUAAUAUAGUGUUAAAGAAAUUGCGAAUACUAACUAUUUAAGCACGCGUAUCUGGUUAUAAUAAACAAUUCAUCAAACUUUCUCAUUUAUUUGUGUGUUUUUAGUUUAUGGAAAGUGAUCCUGACAGAUUUAUAGCGCAUGGUGACAUAUACGCUGACGUACGUGAUGCGCUAGGUGACGGGCUCAUGUCUGGAAACUUUGAUCGCUUGUUAAGUAUAUCCGAGGCUCAUGACAAUGUAUUGAGGAAUGAUGUGCUUUGUCUAAUGGCUGUUUAUCGGGAAAUUACUUGUGGCUACAGACAACCCAGGAACAAACUUCCUGAUCACCAAGAACUACGUGAAUUUUUAGMGCUACCAGACCACCUCUCAACAAAGGGUCGUCAACUUGCARCCAAACUGCUGGACAAUUCACAAGGCGAAGRGUUUUCAGCUCUAUCUGCRCAACCCAACCAACCACGAGCCACUGUUGACUUAGCCGAAGUGAUUGUACACACCAUGAUCAUACUACAUUGCUGUGAUGACAAUGAACUAAUCAGCACUUUGCGAUSCUURAUGGWUAAACCUGMAGCUAUGAAGGCAYGUAUARCUACAUAGGCGACCUACAAUCUU